AUGACGACGAACCGUUUAUGGUCAACGGAGUACCAACAAAUCUGCGAUGGUACCCUGGACGCGUACGAUUUGGCAACCACCGAAGACUGCACCAUCGGUAUGCGAAGAAACACUUUGGGCGUAACGGAAAUUCCGGCCGGAUGUUACUCCGUACCGCAGUCCAGACCCGGCUCAAGACAGUCCUGUAACAGUACCGAAUCGGAAACGGUCCAGAUGGAACCGGAAGUGGCGCGACAGAUCCAACAGGAACUGACGAACUCGGAAAGUUGGCAGGACUCGAUAUCGUUGGACGAUCGAUUGUCGUUAACUUUGGCGGAGAUCGUGCACAUCCGCACGGUUCUGACUAAAGCGGAAGUGGAGGCCCUGCCGACGGAGGGCAGGGUGCGUCACGACGUCGAAAGUCGGAAAGUUUGUUUCUUGUGCUUGAAAACCAGGUUUGGGAUUUUUGGACCGUGGGGCCAGAGGUGUUCCCUGUGCAAAAGGACCGUUUGCAGCAAGUGUUAUUCCAAAAUGAACAUUCCGAUGGAGCAUUUUAGUACGAUACCGGUGGUACUGCUUAGUCCUAGUAUUAUGUGUACUCCUGAAGAUGACAACAGGGACACCUUAACGAAAACCUUCAUGAACAAAAUGAACAGCGGACCGCAGUCGAGGGACAGCAGUCCGGACUUGAGUAAAUCGCCCUCGGCCCUGAUGUGCGGCAGCACGAUCAGCGAUCCGGGAUUUGCCGGACAGACGCCGGCCCUGUCACGAUUCCGCACGAGUGCCACCACCGUCGGUCGUGCUACUAAAGCGGUCGAUCGAAUGAAAGUUACAAACUUAAUAAGUAUUUAA